AUGGCGAUACAUACUUGGGCGCUACCAUACAUGGAGUUGAUGCAUGAGACGAGAGCAGAGAGACACAGACAGACGGAACACCCCCCGGGUACCACCCGCAAUCCUCUUGGCCGGGACCAUGACCGUGACCAUUUGGUGGAGAGCUCUCCGCACCUGGAGACAGAGCCAAACACAGAGCCAGACAGAGCCAAGACUUUCGGACGAGUCGCCCCAGAGAUUGACGGUGCCACACCCCGGGCAUCACCAGGGACAAACGGAGGGAAACUUGGGAAGAAGACACCAUACCCCGGUCACGUCUUUGCGAUGCGCACUAUUUCGGGGUUGCGGUGCGGUGUCCGCAUGGCAAUGGAAAGCAUGGCCAGUGUUCACGGCAUAUCGAGGGCGCGCAGUGUAUUAUUGUCUCCGGCCACCGAGUGGGGGCUGAAGGACCGUCUCCGUGCGAUGAUCAGUCAGGCCCGGCCAUCUCCGUCGGUCGGGCACUUAUCUCCUACCAUAGUGAACCUUCCGUCUCUAAUGCGCGCGGAAUAUGAUCCAUGCUCUCUGUCUUUGGGGCUACCAGAAGCCAUAGGGAAACAGUUGAACCAAGAGCGACUCCCGGCUGUGAAACAGUGCUUGCAAGGCAUCCUUCGCAAUCCCAAUCCUUCCCUCGCUGAUCUCCACGGUGUGAUCGACGGUGAUCUGACAGAUUGGGUUCAUGUCGCUAUCUCAAUCAUAAUGCAGACAGGACUGUUUACCAAUGAGAAGGAGUAUCGAGAGUCGAAGUUGUUGACCAGUUGCUCAUCAAUCCACAAGGAAACUCUUGGUUCACAGGAAGAACCACGUGAUAGGUGCCGGGCGGGCACUCCCUCAUCCGCCGGGGCAAUGGCCCGGUCGUAUGAAGAGACAAAAGUCAACCUGACCUACGCAGAGUUGGACAUCUCUGUGCCCGAAGUGGAAGCAUAUGGGUACACGAAUGCCAAGAAAUUCAGAACGUUUUCGAUAUCGCGGCCACGGCGACUUUGGACUUCGGGGCCUGAGACGGCAAAGCACACAACAAAUGUAAAGCUGGCCCCGGGUCUGCAUCCGGUCCAGGUCGCCCGACAAUCAUGGAAUGCGCCGUCUUCCACGAACAUUCGACAAGCGGGCGGGAUGAGGAUAGUUGCGGACGUGAAGGAAGAAAGAGCCAGCGAGAAACAGGGCUGUUUACCGGCUUGGCGUGCAGCAGCUCUUCAGCGUUGCACGCGUGCAGAGGCCCUCAGGUUACCAUACCGCAGCUAUAAUGAGAGCAUGUUCUCAGACUUGGUUCUUGGCACUCUGUUGAGGAACCCAAAUUUUUGCAUCAUCGUACGGUAUUUCGAUGGUCGAUCUGGAGCACUACCGCACUUGGACCCUUGCGCCUCUCUCUGGGUUUCUCAUCAAGUUUAUCUCACGCUGUCGCAUCUCGCCAUAUGCGACUUGCCAAGACUUUUGAGAGAAAGGCCUUCGGUAAAUACAGAGUAUGACUACGGCAUCCAUGGACGGACAUACCCGUCCGUCAUAAUAAUGGGAAGGGCUUCAGUAGUCUUUAAUUUCCUUACAGUAAUGGGCUUGAGUUAUUUGCAAAAAGACUUAGCCACCGGUAUCUUUACAACCCACGAACUGUCAAGUUUCACAUCAUUGCUGAGAAUUGUGCAGGAUUGA